AAUAGAACUGGAAAGGGAAAAAAGGCAGCAUUCACCACAUCCCAAUCCUGAAUCCAAGAGUCUAAGAUAGUCCCCCACUCCUAUCUCAGGCUUAGAAGAUUAGAUUAAUCUCCUGGAGGGAAGACUCUCCCUUGAAACAUUUUUUUUAAUCUGCCUGUAGCUACUGGGAUAAUUCGGGAAAUCCACAGGGACAGUUCAAGUCAUCUUUGUCCUCUACUUUCUGUUGCACUCUCAGCCUUGUUCUCUUUUUAGAAACUGCAUGGUAACUAUUAUAUAGCUAAAGAAGAGCAUUCUGACCUCUGCCCUGGGACUUCCUGGAUCCUCCUCUUCUUAUAAAUACAAGGGCAGAGCUGGUAUCCCGGGGAGCCAGGAAGCAGUGAGCCCAGGAGUCCUCGGCCAGCCCUGCCUGCCCACCAGGAGGAUGAAGGUCUCCGUGGCUGCUCUCUCCUGCCUCAUGCUUGUUGCUGUCCUUGGAUCCCAGGCCCAGUUCACAAAUGAUGCAGAGACAGAGUUAAUGAUGUCAAAGCUUCCACUGGAAAAUCCAGUAGUUCUGAGCAGCUUUCACUUUGCUACUGACUGCUGCAUCUCCUACAUCUCACAAAGCAUCCCGUGUUCACUCAUGAAAAGUUAUUUUGAAACGAGCAGCGAGUGCUCCAAGCCAGGUGUCAUAUUCCUCACCAAGAAGGGGCGGCGAGUCUGUGCCAAUCCCAGUGGUCCGGGAGUUCAGGAUUGCAUGAAAAAGCUGAAGCCCUACUCAAUAUAAUAAUAAAGAGACAAAAGAGGCCAGCCACCCACCUCCAACACCUCCUGAGCCUCUGAAGCCCCCACCAGGCCAGCUCUCCUCCUGCAACAGCUUCCCACAGCAUGAAGAUCUC